AUGGAUCGUCAAAACAAUCACACAGUAGACAUUCUCAUUGUCGGAAGCGGCGCAGCCGGCUUAGCAGCAGCUGCUACCGCCACAAUCUCUGGGUUGAACACCAUGCUCAUUGAGCAAACCGACAAGAUCGGGGGCACGACCUCCUACUCCGGAGGCACGAUAUGGAUCCCCGAAAAUGAUAUCUCCAAAGAAGCCGGCAUCGAUGACGAUCGCGAAGACGCUGCUCGAUAUCUAGAGGAAGCUCUAACUGCGAACGGAGGCGCUGGGCCAGAGUCCGGCUCUAAACGCAUCAAGGCUUUCCUCGACCAUGGUCCUCGGAUGGUAGAUCUUCUCCGCAGCUCAGGUUUCAGAUGGGAACCCUCCCCUAUCCCCGAUUAUCACCCAGAGAUGAAGGGCGCUAUGGUUAUGGGCGGGCGUACGCUGGACCCGAGUCCUUUUGAUGCUGCGACACUGAAGAGAUGGGCUCAUCACUUACGCGAAGCCGGGCAUUCUGCGCCAGUGACAUACUUUCACGACUUCUGCGUCCUCACGCAACCUUACGCAUCGAUUGUUGACUUCUUUCAAGCCUACUGGAUGCGAUUCCGGGGAUGG